AGCGUCGGCGGCAAAGGCGGCGGCAUGGAGGAGGUGCCUCACGACUGUCCCGGGGCCGACAGCGCCCAGGCGGGCCGAGGGGCCUCGUGUCAGGGAUGUCCCAACCAACGGCUGUGUGCUUCUGGAGCUGGCGCCGCUCCGGACCCGGCCAUAGAGGAAAUCAAAGAGAAAAUGAAAACCGUGAAACACAAAAUCUUGGUGUUGUCUGGGAAAGGCGGUGUUGGGAAAAGCACAUUCAGCGCCCACCUCGCCCACGGCCUGGCAGAGGAUGAAAACACACAGAUUGCACUUCUGGACAUCGAUAUAUGUGGGCCAUCGAUUCCCAAGAUCAUGGGACUGGAAGGAGAACAGGUUCACCAGAGUGGCUCAGGCUGGUCUCCAGUGUACGUAGAAGAUAAUCUGGGCGUGAUGUCGGUGGGCUUCCUGCUCAGCAGUCCUGAUGAUGCUGUUAUCUGGAGGGGACCAAAGAAAAACGGCAUGAUCAAGCAGUUCCUCCGUGAUGUGGACUGGGGCGAGGUCGACUACCUCAUUGUGGACACCCCACCCGGGACAUCAGACGAGCACCUCUCGGUCGUCCAGUACCUGGCCACAGCGCACAUCGACGGGGCAGUGAUCAUCACCACGCCUCAGGAGGUGUCGCUCCAGGAUGUCCGGAAAGAAAUCAACUUCUGCCACAAGGUGAAACUGCCCAUCAUCGGGGUAGUAGAGAACAUGAGUGGCUUCAUUUGUCCCAAGUGUAAGGUGAGAAAAGAAUCCCAGAUAUUCCCUCCGACGACUGGGGGUGCAGAGGUCAUGUGCCAGGACCUGAAGGUUCCUCUUCUUGGCAAAGUGCCUCUGGAUCCGCGCAUAGGUAAGAGUUGUGACAAAGGCCAGUCUUUUUUGGUUGAUGCCCCGGAUUCACCAGCCACAUCAGCCUACAGGAGUAUAAUUCAAAGUGAGUAUCUUGGGGUGGAGGGGGUCUCAGUGCACACAUCAGUACAGAUACCCACGGGGCUGGAAGGAGCAUGAAGCAGCCAAGCAGGUGGGUUUUGGGAAGGAGAGUCCUGGACAGAUUCAGAAAUGGCCCUCCACCAGCCUUGGAUGGGAACAGUAGGGUGGUAGGUUCUGCGAUGCCCACAGAGGAGACCCUCAGCCCAGGAAGACAGGAGGCCAUGAGAAAUCUCCUGUGCAUCCAUGUCAAAAACGAAUGUACAUAGUGUACAAAACAUGGGGUGGGGGGUGAUAUUUGUGCCAUAGGAAAUACAUCUUAAUAAAGCCAUAAAAAGUUUGAUUAAAAACAAAAUCAAGCCACGGUGAGGUGAACUAACACAACCCACAUGCAGGCCAGUUCAGCUGACAGGCCUGGAUGAUGGCAGUGGUGUCAGCAGUGACAGCUGCGCUGCUCAGUGUGCAGUUGGGCUUUGCUUGUCUGAACUGAUGGCGUCAAGGGUGAGGAACAGCAUCCCUUCGCCACCUGCUGAUGGGCCUAUGAAACCUCCGCCACUGGUGAUGACUGUGUUGGCAGAUCAGGGCAGCACAGACAGCCUUUUCUGGUGUGAGGCCGUCAGGGGAUUCUGCCUCCACUGCAAUGCUGCCCUCGCUGGCACAGGGCAGGGCUGCUGAAGGGCCACCAGCACUCUGUGGCCUCAUCUUGUUUUCCAGGAAUCCAGGAGUUUUGUAAUCUCCAUCCGUCAAAAGCAGAGCAGCUUAUCAGUUCCUGAAACACGAGAAUGCUGAGAGCCCGUGCGGUUACUGAGCCAAGGUGCCCACCAGACACAGCACAUCCAGCCCACCCAACCAGCUCGGGGACAGGUGGGGUCAUGGACAAAAAGGGACCAUAGAGCUAUGUGGUUUGUAGCCACUUUCUCAGAGAGACUUUAAUCACUGAAUAUUUGUACACUUUUCUUCAGAACACACAUAAAGGGCAUUCUUUCCAAGUAUGCCAUUUAAAAAAUAAAAACCCCUCCUCAAACCUU